GAAGUGAUGUAUACUUUGAGCGCAUCCACAUGGUGCUAGGAUGAGCCUUGUGAAGCACUGCUAACAGGGUCGGUUGGUACUUGUUAUAUUGUGUAGGGCUUCAUUAACUACCCCGAGUAAUUACUGGAAGUAACUUCAGUUACUUCACGAUUUACCCGAUGAAUCAGUUUGGACAGCAUCAGUACCCACCACCAGAGUUUGGCGGUCCGCCACCUGGACCGGUACUGAGACCGCCGUUCUUUGGUGGUCCACCUCCUCCUGGUCCCUGGAAUUGGUACCCGCCCGGACCCCCGGACAUGUGUGGCUGGUUUGGCCCCGGGCCAGGUGGAUACCCUCCUGGGGGAGGCUGGUGUGGACCGCCCAUACACCAGAACCCUGGUUAUGAAACCUAUCAACAUAACGAAAUGUAUGAUCAACAACAGAGGCAUUUCAGACAGGAGUUUGUGACUCAGCCGGCAUCAAACGGGAGUACAGGACUGAAUCAGGGUGGCGGCGAGAAAAAGAAAAAGAAGAAAAAUGAGCCUGUAUUCACACACAACUGUGAUUCGUGUGACCGGGGUUUCAAAAACCAGGAGAAAUACGAUGAACAUGUGUCCCAGCAUGUAAAGUGUACGGUAGCAGGGUGCAAUUUUACUGCACAUGAGAAGCUGGUCCUUAUUCACUGGAAAAAUAUGCAUGUUCCGGGAUCAAAAAAAAUUCAACUCGAUACACCAGAGGAAAUUUCAAAAUGGAGAGAGGCGAGAAAAAAGAAUUAUCCAACUUUACAAAAUAUCGAAAGAAAGAUGAUGGUGAAACAAGAAAAGGCAGAAAGAGGAGAGGUGCUGGCGACUGUACAGUUUGGUAAAAUGAAGGGUAAAGGAAUGUGGCAGCCGUCUAAUGAGAAGGAGAAGAAUGUGCCACCAGCAAGGUUUCAGAACACCCAGAGGGAGACCAGAACUUCCAGUCACCCAGAGAGUGACAGAGAGCCCAGGAACCCCAGCAUAGAGCCCAUGCAGGGCAUGGACCCCCUUGGGAUGCUGGCAAACAGUGAUGCCGAGUCGGACAAGGACGAACUUGCCGGAAUCACCGUGGUCCCGAAGCUGAUGACCUCUGGUCUGGGCUCACUCGUUGCAAAUUACGGGACUUCAUCCGACAGUGACAGCGACCAGGCGCCUGAAGAAAUGCCUCUCAUGAAAGUGGCUCAAGCUCUAGAGGAAAACCAGGCCCUCUUGGGCAGAGCUGAGGCAGGUUUGAGUAGCCGGGUGCAGAGUGGAGGCAGAGGGAGCGUAUCGGAAAGAAGAGACUGGGAAGACGGAGCACCUCCAUACAAAAUGGCUCGUCAUGACAGGAGUCGCAACCGGCCGAGGAAGGAGUGCUCCCAACAGAGAGGGCAGCGCAGACCAACUCUGCUGGAAAUGUUGCUGGCACGUGACAUAUGCCAUGAGAGGAAUGUGAUCUUGCAGUGUGUGCGCUACAUUGUUCAAAAUGACUUCUUUGGUCUGGAUUCAAAGACAAAGCAAGCCAAGGAAAUUAACCAAGCCCAGAUUACUGAAGCUGCCAAUGGCAUGUCUUCAGGAGAGGAUGAGGAGGUGAUGUUGGCUGGGUCAUUGCCUGCUUCAGAGACUGAAGCUACAGUAGAAACCAUGUCUUCGGGAGAGCGUGGAGAGACUGAGGAGGUGCUGACGGCUGGGUCGUUGCCUGCUUCAGAGACUGAAGCUACAGUAGAAACCAUAUCUUCAGGAGAGUGUGGAGAGGCUGAGGAGGUGCUGAUGGCUGGGUCAUUGCCUGCUUCAGAGACUGAAGCUACAGUAGAAACCAUGUCUUCAGGAGAGCAUGGAGAGACUGAGGAGGUGCUGAUGGCUUGGUCGUUGCCUGCUUCAGACACUGAAGCUACAGUAGAAACCUUGUCUUCAGGAGAGCGUGGAGAGGCUGAGGAGGUGCUGAUGGCUGGGUCAUUGCCUGCUGCAGAGACUGAAGCUACAGUAGAAACCAUGUCUUCAGGAGAGUGUGGAGAGGCUGAGGAGGUGCUGAUGGCUGGGUCAUUGCCUGCUUCAGAGACAGAAGCUACAGUAGAAACCAUGUCUUCAGGAGAGCGUGGAGAGACUGAGGAGGUGCUGACAGCUGGGUCAUUGCCCGCUUCAGAGACUGAAGCUACAGUAGAAACCAUGUCUUCAGGAGAGCAUGGAGAGACUGAGGAGGUGCUGACGGCUUGGUCGUUGCCUGCUUCAGAGACUGAAGCUACAGUAGAAACCAUGUCUUCAGGAGAGCGUGGAGAGGCUGAGGAGGUGCUGAUGGCUUGGUCGUUGCCUGCUUCAGACACUGAAGCUACAGUAGAAACCAUGUCUUCGGGAGAGCGUGGAGAGACUGAGGAGGUGCUGACGGCUUGGUCAUUGCCUGCUUUAGAGACUGAAGAUACAGUAGAAACCAUGUCUUCAGGAGAGCGUGGAGAGACUGAGGAGGUGCUGACAGCUGGGUCAUUGGCUGGGUCAUUGCCUGCUUCAGAGACAGAAGCUACAGUAGAAACCAUGUCUUCAGAAGAGCAUGGAGAGACUGAGGAGGUGCUGACGGCUUGGUCGUUGCCUGCUUCAGAGACUGAAACUACAGUAGAAACCAUGUCUUCAGGAGAGUGUGGAGAGGCUGAGGAGGUGCUGACAGCUGGGUCAUUGGCUGGGUCAUUGCCUGCUUCAGAGACAGAAGCUACAGUAGAAACCAUGUCUUCAGGAGAGCGUGGAGAGGCUGAGGAGGUGCUGACGGCUUGGUCGUUGCCUGCUUCAGACACUGAAGCUACAGUAGAAACCAUGUCUUCAGGAGAGCGUGGAGAGACUGAGGAGGUGCUGACAGCUGGGUUGUUGCCCGCUUCAGAGACUGAAGCUACAGUAGAAACCAUGUCUUCAGGAGAGCGUGGAGAGGCUGAGGAGGUGCUGACGGCUUGGUCGUUGCCUGCUUCAGACACUGAAGCUACAGUAGAAACCAUGUCUUCAGGAGAGCAUGGAGAGACUGAGGAGGUGCUGAUGGCUGGGUCAUUGCCUGCUGCAGAGAUUGAAGCUACAGUAGAAACCAUGUCUUCAGGAGAGCGUGGAGAGACUGAGGAGGUGCUGACAGCUGGGUUGUUGCCCGCUUCAGAGACUGAAGCUACAGUAGAAACUGUGCCCUCACAAGCACUACCAGUGUUCUCGCAGUUUGUAGAUGGUGAGAUUUGGGAGAUACCUGCAGCCGCUCAGGAAGACUGUUCAUUGUGAGAUUUCAACAAACUGAUAAAUCUGAACAUUACUAAGUUAUGCAGAUGUUACAUGUUUACAUGUUUUUUUUCUUCUUUCUUUUGAGUGUACAAGGUUACUGUACCAGUCAUUAUGAAAAUAAAUCUUUAAGUAAACCUUA